AUGGCACGCCCAAUUUGUAUGAUAAAAUGCACAAUCACCAAUUUGUAUCUGGGGGAUUCCGAGAAGGAGCGCUCCGCUGAUGCAGGGGAGCCGGCCAGUCGGCGCCGACGUCGUGCUGGUGACGAGGAUCGGAAUGGCGAGGAGUUGGAAUGUCGGCGGCAGCAGGAGCGCUCCGCCGAUGAAGGGGAGCCGGUCAGUCGGCGCCGACGUCGUCCUGGUAACGAGGAUCGGAAUGGCGAGGAGUUGGAAUGUCGGCAGCAGCAGGAGCGCUCCGCCGAUGGAGGGGAGCCGGCCAGUCGGCGCCGACGUCGUCCUGGUGACGAGGAUCGGAAUGGCGAUGGCGAGGAGUCACAACGCCGGCGCCGACGACGCAAUCGCCAAUCCGCUCCUGGUCACCAGGACGACGUCGGCGCCGAGGGCGACGCCAGCGGCGACCACCGCGCCAAUGGCGGAGCAAAGCGGCAGGCGGAAGCCGUAGAGCAACCGAAUCGACAUCUGCAGAAUGUCAUUAAGCAGCACUACACCAAGUCUCUGGUUCAGCAAUCGAAACCUAUGCUCGCCGAUCAUACACAGAUCAUACAUACAAAAUCUGAUUUUGAUAAAACUUUCACAGAACAGUCCCUAGAUUAUCCCCUAUCUACCCAUAUACCGUGCAUGUUGGCACAACCUCUAGGAGUGGAGCAGUAG